AUGCCUGAAGAGAAAUCAACUUCAAGUCCGGCUCGGACAGAGUGUUCUAUAGGGACGCCCGAAUCUCGACAAGCACGCUCGACGCAAUGCAAAUUCAUAUCCCCGAAUGACUGGCCAUUACAUAAAAAGUUGUCCAUUGUUGUCGCAACCUUUCUCAGUGUAAUCAAUUCCGGCAUCGGAACCUCGCUGCCGAGCAAUGCGGUCCCCUACAUCAUGCGGGAGUUCCACGUGGAGGAUGCCACACAAAGUAAUUUGCCGACUUCAGUGUUCCUCAUCGGGUACAUGGUCGGGCCACUUGCUUUUAGUCCCCUGAGCGAGACCGUCGGACGGCGGUUGGUGCUACUGCCUACGCUCACGGUGUUUACUUUGUCGACCGUGGCAUGUGCGUUGAGUCCGAAUUGGGGAUCGCUGCUCUUCUUUCGUUUCAUCUGUGGAACCAUGGGCUCAGCGCCUCAGACGGUUGUGGGUGGCGUAUAUGCGGACAUGUUCUUUGAUCUCAGAGAAAGAGGUAGAGUGAUGGCAUUCUAUAUGGCGUCAGCUAGUUUCGGGCCUAUUCUUGGUCCGAUAAUAUCGGGGUUUGCAUCGCCCUCUUAUGGAUGGAGAUGGACGUUCUGGAUUGCUUCGAUCCUGGCAGGCUGGGCCUGGAUCUGCCUUCUCUUUGUGCCCGAGACCUUCGGGCCGGUUUUGUCAAGACGCAAUGCCACUGGAAUGCGGGAUACAGUUGCAGAGGACACUGUCAACGUCGUUCAGAUCGUCAAGCGACCUUUGGCUAUGCUGCUCUUCGAGCCCAUUAUCACCUUCACUUCAAUAUACAUCGCGCUGGCUUAUGGUCUUGUCUUCUUCUACUUUCAAGCAUACCCAAUAAUUUUUGAAGAGAUAGUCGGCGUCGGUGCAGCAUCCACCAGUCUUGUCGCCCUCUACUGGGAUAUGACCUACGACAAAGCCAAGAAACAAAACAAGCCAUGGCGCUUCGGUGCAGAACUCCACCGACUCCCUAUCUCCUGUCUCGGCGCCAUCCUCCUCACGGCCAGCUCGUUCUGGCUCGCCUGGACCGCCCGAUCAGAAGUCCACUGGGCAGUUCCCAUCGCCUCCGGAGUAGUGUUUGGUUUCGGCUACCAGACCAUCUUCGUCUCGCUGUUGACAUACGUGACCGAUGCUUACAAGAUAUACUCUGCCAGCGCACUAGCCAGCUCGGUCAUUCUGCGCAGCGUUCUUGGAGCGCUGCUGCCGCUGGCUGCUAAGCCGAUGUACGGGACAUUGGGGGUGAGUUGGGCGACCUCGCUGGUUGGGUUUCUGAGUCUGGCGUGUGUGCCCAUUCCGUUUGUACUCUUGUACAAGGGGGAAUGGGUAAGAGAGAGGAGUAAAUUCUGUCAGCAGUUAAUGAAGCAGGAAUGGUCGAAGGGAAGUUCAGAUACAGAGCGCGGAAUACGGGGUUGA